GUUUCGGCCCGAGAGCUUUGGGUGCGACAGGCCGCCUGUCGCGAGCUUCCCUCGGGCUGGGACCAUCGCGCCUUCCGCAGAGGAGGCGUGGCAUCGGCCAUGGCGGAGUGAGAGUCCGUGGGCAAGGGGCGGACAUGCCGCGGCGGAAGCGCACGCGGGCGGCCAGUGCUUGGGACAGCCCGCAGGUGCCCGGGCCCAGGCUCCCUGUGGUGCUGCUCCCCUCAUCGAGGCCGCUGCAGCCGAGGCAGGCGGCGGCAAGUGCUGGCGGUCGUGGAUGUGCGCCGGCAGUCGAGUGCUUCGCCCUUGAUGCCACGGAUGGGCAGGAGGCCAGUGCCGUGUACGAGCUCGACUGGGCAGCCAUCGGCGUGCAGGCGGACGUGGGUGUGGUCGUGGACGUUCGCGGAUCGGGCGUCGUGAGCGCGGCUGCCGCCCUGUCCGUGGUGGCCAUCGCCGUGGGCUCGUCCUUCGGCCGCGUCUCGGUGCCGCUGCUCGAGCUGCUGGGGGCGCUCGCGGGGUUCUUCUCCCUCGUGGCGUGCGGCCUGGUACUGCUCUGGCCGCAGGUGUGCGCCGUCGUGCCGAGGGCCGUGGAGAGCGUGGUGGGGCAGGCGGAGGUGCACGGCGAGGAUAGCGCCGACCUGCCGAAGGAGAGCGAGGCGGAGCCGUCGGAGGCCUACGUCGAGGAGUUCGUGGAGGCGCCGACGUCCGAGGGCGUCGACGAGUGUGUCCACGUCCACGUGCAGAAGGUGUCAUUCAUGGAGGUCGCCGCCGAGGAGUUCGUGGAGGUGCCGGCGUCCGGGGGCAUCGAGAGGAGCGCCUACGUUCCGCAGAGCCACGCCGAGGGGGAGCUCGUCGGCGGGGUGGGCGUCGCGGUGCUGACGGCGGAGCACGUCGAGGAGGUCUUGGAGGGGCCGUCGUUCGAGGGCGUCGUGGCGAACGCUCACGUGCCGAAGGUGCCGAUCCCGUCGGAGGAUUACGUCGAGGAGUUCGUGGAGGCGCCGACGUCCGAGGGCGUCGACGAGUGUGUCCACGUCCACGUGCAGAAGGGGUCGUUCAUGGAGGUCGCCGCCGAGGAGUUCGUGGAGGUGCCCGUGGCCGCGGGCAUCGAGAGGAGCGCCUACGUGCCGCAGAACCACUCCGAGGGGGAGCUUGUCGGCGAGGUGAGCGUGGCGGUGCCAGCGGCGGACUACGUCGAGAAGGUCGUGGAGGUGGCUUCGUCCGAGGACGUCGAGGUCAGCGCCCACGUGCCGAAUGUGCCGUUCAAGAUCGUGGAGGGGCGGCCAGGGGGGCCGCCCGAGGCCGCCGCCGGGGCUGCCGGCCGCGCCGAGGGGCGGCCAGGGGUGCCGACGGGCAUCGAGGGGAGCGUCCACGCGCCGAGGAGCGACGCCGUCGCCGAGGAGGAGCUCGUCGGCGAGGUGAGCGUGGUGCCGCCGAGGCCCGUGGGGCAGAGGCCCCGCUGGGCCGAUGCAGGGGACGAGGACUGUGACGUGCUGGUCGAGCUGCCGACGGCCUCCCUGGAGCAGGCGCGGGCGGGCGGCUCGCGGCCGCGGCGCAGGCGCAGGCGCAAGGGGACCAACUGGCAGAUAGUGCAGUUCGCCGUUGAUGUGCUCGAGCGGUUUGGCUCCCUCCGAGAGUCGCUGGCGGCCACGCUCGGGCCCAGGGCGGUGAAUGUGGCUUUCGAGGGGCUGUUCGACGAGGCGUCAACAGCCGCGGAGUGGGGCUGCGACGUGUCGAUCGGCUCCGAGACGGGGAACACCUUGGUUCAGAUGUUCCUCGGUGGCGAGUUCGCGGAGUGCGCCGACUCGUGGCUCCAGGUCGUCGCGGCCGGGGAGAAUGAGUUCUCCGAGGUGAGCCGCGCGCGGGGGCGAGGGGCGAAAGCGGGCGGGGAGGGGCCUCGGAGCGAGGCCCCGCUCUCCCCGUCCGUGCUGGAUCCCCCUCGGAAUCUUGCGAGGGCGGCCCCGUGAGGCCUGCCUGGGGCUCCUCCUGGGGUCGUGCCGCCUGGCCCGCGGGCCUGUGCGGGGUGGGCGCGCCCUCCUUGGAUCCCCCCUCGGGGUUCCAAGGCGGUCGCGCGGGCGUCGGGCUCCGUCCUCGUCGCCACGGCCCGCGCGUCGGGGCGCGAGGCCGCGAGGGGUGCGCAGUGGAUCGACUCUGCCCCCCAUGUCGCGCCGAUCCUCCUCCUCCUCC